AUGAGAAAAGGUUGUCGCUUAGCUCGGGAAGUACUUGAUAUCGCGGCGGCUGCCGCCAAACCUGGUGUUACAACUGACUACAUUGACGAGGUGGUUCACAAAGCGUGUAUCGAGAGAAGUUCUUAUCCAUCCCCGCUGAACUAUAACCACUUCCCCAAGUCAUGCUGUACCUCAGUGAACGAAGUUAUUUGCCACGGAAUUCCUGACCAGCGAAUCCUUAUUGACGGAGACAUUCUCAAUAUCGAUAUUUCGCUCUUCCACGAAGGCUACCAUGCUGAUCUGAACGAAACAUACUACAUCGGCGACAGGGCCAAGGCAGACCCUGACAAUGUACGAGUUGUCGAAGCAGCUCGGGAAUGCCUUGAGGAGGCCAUUAAGGCCGUCAAGCCUGGUGUUCUCAUCCGCGAGUUUGGCAACAUUAUCGAAAAGCAUGCGAAAAAGAAAAAUUGCAGCGUCAUUAGGACCUACUGCGGACACGGCAUUAACAAGCUUUUCCACUGUGCCCCUAAUGUGCCUCACUAUGCCAAAAACAAGGCCAUUGGCGAAUGUAAACCCGGCAUGACCUUUACCAUUGAACCGAUGAUUGCGCUCGGCAAGUAUCGUGAUAUAACUUGGCCGGACAAUUGGACCAGCACGACCAUCGAUGGGAAACGAACUGCUCAAUUCGAGCACACUCUCUUGGUUACGGAAGAUGGAGUUGAGAUAUUGACGGCGAGGAGGGAUGACUCGCCUGGUGGUGCAUUGCCCAUGCCAAUGCCAGAAGUAUCAAAUGGGAAGGCUGCGGAUGCUUGA